AUGGAAGGCGUACCUAGGUUGCCGAUGAUAAAUUUUGAUCUCAAAUUAUCAACGAAGCAUGUUGAGUUCUCUUCCGCAAUCCAAAACUUUAUAUCAGAAAACUAUUUAGAAGAUGCUGAAAAAUUUAACAGGGAAUGUUUGGAAAUAGAAAAGUUAAGAGAACAAGCUACAUCAGUUUCACUGGAUUUUAUUGGCUGCAGUUCAUUAAAGAAAUAUUUUUGUCAGAUCGAGUUCCUCCUGAAUAGGUUCCUCAUAAAAGAUGGAGGAGAUGCAUUUAAUAUUAGCUUCUCAUGGGAAGAUUCCAUGGCAAGACGAGAGGUCACACAUAAUGAUAUAAGAUAUGAACAGGCUUGCAUUUUGUUCAAUGUUGGAUCUUUACAUUCUAAACUUGGGAGUAUGGAGAACAGAUUGAGUCCAGAAGGAAUGAAAGUAUCAUGCACACAUUUUCAAUGCGCGGCAUGGGCGUAUCAACAUCUGGCUGAUAAAUUUGAAAGUUACGGCAGUGCUGAUUUCAACAGAGAUUUGUUGGCUUCAUAUGCAACUGUUAUGUUGGCUCAAGCUCAAGAAUGUAUAUUAGAGAAAUCAAUGACAGACAAUCGAAAAAGCUCAAUCACAGCCAAGGUUUCUGCUCAGAUUGUUGACUACUACAAACAGGCUAUAAAACAUUUGGAUGCCUUCGUGAACUCAACAUCGAUUAACAAUAAACAGACAAAGGAAUGGAAAAAGCGAAUGCUUCUUAAGUUGAGUUUUUACGAUUGCAUAACGUAUUAUUAUGCUGGCUUGCAAGCUGAGGAGGCAAGCCAGUGGGGGCAGAGGUUGGCCUAUUUGAAGGUUUCCACGGACAAGUUGCAGGAACUCAUGAAAAAUAAUAAACUGGAGGACCAGGCAGUGGAUGAAUCAUUGAAGUUCAUGGUCGAUGUCAUUGGCGGAAAAUAUAACAUUGCAAAAAAAGAUAACGAUUUCAUCUACCAUGACAAAGUUCCAGAUGAAGAAAAUCUUUCGGAGAUUAAAGGAGCCUCGCUGGUCAAGGGCAUUCCCCUGAAUGUUGAUGAUCCCGGUAUCUCAGGGGCAGAUAUAUUCAUGAAGCUGGUACCAUUUAAGGUGCAUCAAAUAUCUUCAAUGUAUAGUGAAGAAAAAGCGAAAAUUCUCAGAAAAAUUGGUCAGGAAGUUGAAGAAAAAGAUGAAGAGAUGAAAAACUUCCUUAAUGUCCUGCAACUGACGACUUCUGAUUCCAUCUCGCCGCCUGCGUUCACCAUUCCCGAGAGUCUUCUGGAGAAAUGUGCCUCUCUAAGCGUCAGACCUGAUGCCAUCAAGGACCUGUCCAAUGCCAUGAUGGCGCUGUCUAGUCGAUCAACCGAUGUGGAAGGUGAUUUGAAUGCGACAAUCAAAAUAGUUGAUGGUGUAGAGCAAGGCAUUCAGGAUAUUUUGGACAAGCAUGGAAUUAAGUUGGAUGGAUUAAAUGAAUGUAACGUCAUUCGAGAUGAGUGUUCGAAGAUGAAUGAUGUUCUAAAAGGUGCUUCACAAUCCAAUGAAGAGCUGCACAAGUUGAUGCAAUUUCACAUCUCCAACUUGAAGCUGCUCUGUGGCUCUGUUGAGGAACUCAUGCAGAUCGCUGCAUCACACCAGUACAAACCAUGUACGAUUUAA